AUGUCGGCGCCAAUCUCAGAGCCGUUUGACCUUUUGCGUCUCUCCUUGGCAGAGCGCGUGCUGAUCAAAUUGAGAGGAGAUCGUGAAUUGAGAGGAACGUUGCAUGCUUAUGAUGGACACAUGAAUCUGAUAGUCGGAGACGUGGAGGAGACGGCUUAUGUGGUCAACGUGGACGAGAGCGGAGAGCCGGGAGACAUCAGUGUGAGUUUGUAUGCUGUUAUGUAUGGGGGAAACUUGUGGGUGAAAGGGGUUUGGAUGAUUGGGAGUGACUGGAGCAGGACGUGGGGAACAGACAAUGGAUCGCGCAGGCACAGAAAGCCUACACCAAGGCUUUCAAAGGCCAGAGCAUGGCGAUGAAACACUUGCGACGCACACUCGUCGUCGAUCCUGUGCCGUCCAGGUUCAAGGGAAGGGCACUUCACUAGAUACACAGGCCCAUCGUGCUGACUUUCCUACAUCCCAUCCACGCUACGCAUACUCAACAGGUCAUCAAGAAGCAGAGUGAGAUGAUGUUCGUGCGAGGAGAUGGUGUGAUUCUGGUGAGCACCGUGCACGCGGUUGGGGCGCGGCUCGUUCGUUAGAAUCACAGACUGACACUCAGAACGAUGCCUCUCGACCUUUAUGUCACGCCCAUGCUGAUCAGGUAUCGCCUCCUGCAAGAUCAUGAGCAGGUCGACUCGACUAGGUGGCGCAUACGCAUUGAACGCCCCAACAAAAGGGCACCAAAGUCGGACGUCCACUCGAUCACGCAAGAUCAGCAUCUUCGUGCCACAGCAACUUCGCUGUGUCUCAUCUUUCAGGCCACGUCAGCCUGUCCAGGCUUUCGGACUGCAGUCCAGUCGCGAAGGUUAA